AUGGAAGACGAGAUGGACAUGGAAGAUCUCUUUGGCGAUGGAGCCGGCCUGUCCCUACCUUCGCGGCCCCCCUCGAAAGAGCUAUACCAGAGAUUGGACGAGCUGAGAGGAAGUGGUUGCUGCCAAGGGAUAGCCUGGUCAAAAUGGGGUAGCAUUGCUGCCAUUGCCUCAAACGGAGCUGCUUUGGAACUACGAAACCUCCGCUGCCAUCCAGAGAAUGGUACCUGGGCUUUAAGUGAGCCAACUGUCACUCCAAAUUUCUCUUCCGCAUUAGAUGGCGGUCCUUUGAAACAUCUUUCUUGGAGCCCGACGGGCUCUGAUUUAGCGGUAAUCGAUGCUGCAGGACGGAUUACCAUCCUUGCUGUUUUUUCAUCCUUGAAUAAGCCCAGUCUCAGCAGGGCUUGUGGAGGAGACCCUGCGGAUGACUUGCAUGGGAUAGUUGGCUGUUACUGGUUGAACAUUGCCCCGUAUCCUCCGAAUCGACCCACUAUUUUGCAUGGCCCAGGGGUUAAAGAUGGCCCCAACUAUAAGUACGAGGCCCAGCAAGGUCCAGUUUUGGGGCCAUGCCAUCCGAGUCCCUCAAAAUCUGCUUUUGUGUGUCUCACUACAAACGGCCUCUUGAGGCUGCUAUGGCCGCAGAAUACCGGGAAAUGGUGCGAGUCGCAUUCGGAAUUAGAGAGCAUAGUCUCGUCAGAUGACUUGAUCACUCACGCAGCUAUAUGUCCGGACAAAACUGGCACUUUACUAAUUGCCUUCGCAACUACUUCGAAGCAGCUUCGCACUGUACGGGCACUAAUAGAAUGGAACCCGACGAAAGUUGAUAAGGUUAAUUCUGCGCAAUGGGCGUUAAAUCCGACAAUCAAGACUAGACAUCUGGCUGUAACGAGUUGGGUUCAUGAUAUUCCCAGUGAUACUGUGAACGCCUCUCACAUGGAGUCAUCGAUGGUGCAACUAUCUCAUCUCGAAUUCUUGCCUCCGUGUGGCGACGCCGCUGGGAGGAUGGCACCGCCAACGAUUUUGGCCGUACGCUCUCAUCUACCAGGAUCAACAUCACAUUACAAUCAAGAUGUUCACACUACUGUAGAUAGAUGGGAGGUUCGGGAGAAGCCUCAAACAAUCCAUCCAGCCUUCGAACAGUUGAGUUCUCGGCGGAACAGCGUCGGUUCUCAACCAGGGCCUGUUGUGUACUUGAAGAAGCUUGAAAGUUUCACUGUGAAUAAGAUUAUCAUAGCUCUAGAAACCAUGAAUAUUGGCAAGGUCUUAUUUCUUGCCUACGCCGACGGGUCGGUAGAGUAUCGAGAUCGACUGACCAUGACUGAAACCUUCAACGAUGGCGAUUUGGAUCGAGUGUGGCAUCUUUCCCAGAUCGGAUUCUCAUAUCCUAACGAUGAUCCUUGUCUUCAAGUCGCAUUGUCUCCCAGCUACUGCUCUCUUGUACAGAUUAGAAACGAUGGGAAGGUAAAAUGGAAGCAACUUGACUAUCAGCUAGCUGACAUCGGAUCCAGCAUGGAGGAUGGUCUCUAUGCAGGAGUCGUUGCUGCUCUGUCGCUCUCAUGUGCCACAGCCGUCAUGCGAAAUGUCAAUUAUGAUGAUCUGCUUGCUACGGCUAACAAGCAUGCUACAGCACGUAAGUCCGAGUUUGCGUAUGACUGGCUCACCGAUUUAUCCCGUAUCCUAAAAGUACAUAUGGACUACUCGGAAGAAAGUCACCACGAUGUUUUGGUCAGAAACACGACAAUUCAGUUAUGUUUAUGCAUCCAGAACUCGCUCGGAUUCAAGGGAGAGUUCAAUCCCAGAACAUUCUCUGGGAAGUUUGCCUGGCUUGUUCUUCAACUGCGGAACAUCGUGGUUCUGGUGACCAUGGCUGCGAAUCUCAACGUCCCACAGAGCGGACCAGAAAGUGACAAAAAGUCCCCGCUGGAAGACCCAGAGGUGAUCAACUCUCUGGCAGGAUCCGUUCGUUGGGUCUUAGAUCUCUUGGCCUGGCUAACUGACACACUCCUCACUCUGCCCAGCACUUUACCUCCAACAAUCGACCUCACCAAGGCCAGCAACCUCCCGCUUCCAGAACUUCUCGCCCACUUACAUAGCACCAAUACCAUAUCUCUCCACCUCCUCCUCUCAUCACCCACCCGCGGGUUCCUAACUGCCAUCUGUCGCCGUCUCCAACACCUCGACUACAUCGCCCGCAAAGCCAUCGUAUACCCAGGUGUCAACAACACUCCAAACCCCCAAAACGUGAACCAAAACUCUCAGAACCAAACCGCGGCCCCCUCUCCCGCUCUUCGCGCAGCUUACCUGCAGAUAGCAACCUUAACAUCAGAUACAAUCCUUCGCAUCAAAACCAUGGAAACCCUCCUUGGGUCCCUCGCCUCCCUAGUUAAGAACGCGUACGCCUCCAACAACCCGCCCCUCUCUGGCUCCCAACCGGCAGAAAAGGCGCGCAACGCACUCGAGAUAAAGAUGCUGUUCGGGGGCUCCUUCCCCGAUGCAUUCAAAAGCGUGAUCGUCGAGCUGUUCAAGAAAGAAGGCCUGCUCGACGCAGUGAAGGAAGAGAUCGAGCCCGCGAAAUUGUUCUUUGCCGAUUUCACGAUGCUGGAGGUGGAUGAGGAUGCCGUUAGUGUGGGGAAGCGAAGAGCGUUGGGGCGGACCAUGGACUGUUUUCAGAAGCGGUGGCUUUUGAAUCCUGAGAAGAUCUUGUUGUCUCCGUCUUCUUCUGCGGCUGCUGCUGCUGCUGCUGCUGCGACCGGGGCAGAGGGCUCCUCCUCGCAGACGGGGACCGCGAAUGCUAGUCUGGGCGCUGCGCAGGAUGGGAGUGGGGUUGGGAGUGGCGGCUUGAUGGGCGCGGGUGGGCGGCAGGGCGCGAGGUGGAGGAGGUGCGCAAGGUGUGCGGCGGUUAUGGAGGAUGUGUUGACGCAGAGGGUGGCGUUGCAGUGGUUGGUUAUGCAGCAAAGGAGAUGCUUUUGCAGCGGGUAUUGGGAUACGCUUGCUCCGGGGGAGGCUCUUGCUUGA